GACAGAAAUUCUGUUUAUUGGUGCGGCAUAUAGACUGAAAAGGUUAAUAUUCAUUGGAACGGUAUUAUAAUAUAUUAUAUUAUAUUAUGUUAUAUUACAUUGUUAUAUAAGGUGUCACCGUGUUAAUAUUCAUUGGCAUUUACCAUUGAAGCAGGAAUAAAUUAGAAAGGCUAAAACCAUUCAUGCAUGAAUGGAUUUAAAGUCUCCGCCCUUCUUAGGCCUAAGCAGUGAAUUAAAAUCCGUGCUUAAUGACCUGGCUGUGCGAUUCAUAAAACUAGUUUGUCAUGGUCACCUUAACGGUACACUUUACUGACACCCACACCGAAUCUGUUAGAACAAUACAAACAUCAAGUCAGUUUCAUCGCUUGCAUAACAUUAUCCUCAACAAGAUUAACGAUCUAACUGAGCAUUUAAACCAAAUCCGUUUUCAGAUUAGCCAUGCCAAAAAUAUGUUGCAUUGAAGGUGAAUUGGCUCGUGUGUUCCUAGUUGAUCAUUAUCGAAAUCAUUUAUAUGCAAAGGACGAAGUAGGUGAUGUGUAACAAAUAUAGUUUAAAUAAGUAACCUGCGUAACUGCUGCAUGACCAGAUUCUCAAGUUCUCGGCACAUUUUCGGCCCCGAGACCCGAGAGGACUGCAAAAAAGUUGGAGAUUUUGAUUAUAAAUUGGACGUACACGGGUGUGCAGAUCAUGUCCUUUGCCGGGCGUUUUUUCCUCCUCCUCCUAGUGGUGGUGGUCCAGGCUGCAGAGCAGGAAAUUUCUGGAAAGAAUCCUGGUUGCGUGUGUGGACACCCGGGAAUACCGGGCAACCCAGGACACAACGGGAUACCCGGGCGUGACGGCCGAGAUGGAGCCAAAGGGGAUAAAGGAGAUCCAGGUGAUAUUGGAACAUGUGGAGCAGCGGGGAAGGAUGGGCCAAAAGGAGACAAAGGAGAACCUGGUGCUCCAGGUAUAGAUGGGCUUAAAGGGCGACGUGGAGAGAACGGAGAAAGGGGUCCACCUGGAAAAAUGGGGCCCCAAGGCUUCUCAGGACCGCUUGGACUUAAAGGGGUAAAGGGAGAGAUGGGAAUGCCAGGACCGAAGGGUAUCAAAGGAGAUGUAGGACCAGAGGGACCUGUAGGGCCUCAGGGAAGCCUUGGGUACCAAGGAGAGAAAGGCUCUCCAGGCCCUAUUGGACCUCCGGGAAGACAAGGCCCUAAGGGAGAACUCGGACCUCCUGGCCACAAGGGCAGCCUUGGUUACCGUGGUGAAAAGGGGUCAAAAGGUGAGACAGGACAAAAAGGAACUGAAGGAGACAUGCCUGAAAUACCCAAAAGUGCCUUUUCUGUCGGACUGACCGCACAAAGCAAGCUGCCUGCGAGUAACGCUCCUAUCCGAUUCGACAAAAUCAUCUACAACCGUCAGAAUCACUACAAUACCGAGAGCGGCCGCUUCACCUGUGCCAUCGCUGGAGCUUAUUAUUUCACCUACCACAUCACAGUGUUCUCUCGAAAUGUCCGAGUGGCACUAAUGAAGAACGGACAAAGCGUCAUCCACACCAUGGACAACUACCAGAACAGUGAGGACCAGGCGGCCGGGGGCACUGUGCUUCAUCUGCAGGUCGGGGACAAGGUGUGGCUUCAGGUGUCUGGAGGACAGCUCUUUAACGGACUCUACGCAGAUGAUGAUGAUGACACUACUUUCUCUGCGUUCCUUCUCUUCGCUGAAUGACAAACCAAAUAUCUGGAGAUUUCUGAGGAAAUAUGUGUAGAAUUAUUCACCAAAAUGAAAACUGGACUUUAUAAGCAAUGCUUUAUCUUCCUUUAGUCAUCCUGAUUGUUAAUUGUUCCAGGGUCAAGUAUUUAAUCUAAUAUGCAAAAAAAAAUUCUCCAUAUUUUUUUUUAUUGGUUUAGUUUUGGCAACACCAAAAUAAACAUAAUGAUUGCAUUUUAUAUUCAGUGUUUGUUUGUUUUUUGGGGCUUUUUAAUUUUAUCUUAUUUUUUUAAAUUAUUGCACUCAUUUAAUUAAU